ACAUGCUCUGACCUGACUAAUCCAACCAAUGGAAUGAUCGGCUACAACAUUGAAGCUGCUAGUCCAAGACCAGUGGAUACUGUGGCCACCUACACCUGUGUCACUGGUUACACUCUCAAUGGAAACACUAUGAGGACUUGUAUGAGUGAUGGAGUGUGGAGUGGGUCAGCUCCAGUUUGUCAACAAAAACUCUGCUCUGACCUAACUCUCCCCAAUGGAAACAUUGUCUACAGUGCUGGAUCCCCUGACAACAGAUUUAUCUUUUCUACAGCUAUGUACAGCUGCAAUCCUGGCUACACUCUCAUUGGAGGGAGCAGCACCAGGGUUGUAUGUAUGAUCGGAGGGAUCUGGAGUGGGUCAACUCCAAAUUGUGAAGCCAUUGCGUGUCCUCCCCUGCUGACCAUUACUAAUGGCAUGAUCUCCUACUUUCCUGAUGUCACCUCUGACUAUGACCUGGGAACUGAAGCAACCUACACUUGUGAGGCUGGGUUCUAUCUUGAGGGUAAUGAGGUACGAGUGUGCAUGGAUGAUGAUGGAAUGGACACCAUUGGAGUGUGGAGUGGUCAGGAGCCAAGCUGUGUCAGAUCGACUGCUGCUCCACCCCCCAGCUGCUCUGACCUGACUAAUCCAACCAAUGGAAUGAUCGGCUACAACAUUGAAGCUGCUAGUCCAAGACCAGUGGAUACUGUGGCCACCUACACCUGUGUCACUGGUUACACUCUCAAUGGAAACACUAUGAGGACUUGUAUGAGUGAUGGAGUGUGGAGUGGGUCAGCUCCAGUUUGUCAACAAAAACUCUGUUCUGACCUAACUCUCCCCAAUGGAAACAUUGUCUACAGUGCUGGAUCCCCUGACAACAGAUUUAUCUUCUCUACAGCUAUGUACAACUGUAAUCCUGGCUACAUUCUCAUUGGAGGGAGCACCAGGGUGGUAUGUGUGAUUGGAGGGAUCUGGAGUGGGUCAAUUUCAAAUUGUGAAGCCAUUGAGUGUCCUCCUCCACUGACCAUUACCAAUGGCAUGAUCUCCUACUCUCCUGAUGUCACCCCUGACUAUGACCUGGGAACUGAGGCAACCUACACUUGUGAGGCUGGGUUCUAUCUUGAGGGUAAUGAGGUACGAGUGUGUAUGGAUGAUGAUGUAAUGAACGCCAUUGGAGUGUGGAGUAGUCAGGAGCCAAGCUGUGUCCGACCGACUGCUGCUCCACCCACCACCUGCUCUGACCUGAUUAUUCCAACUAAUGGAAUGAUCGGCUACAACAUUGAGACUGCUAGUCCAAGACCAGUGGACACUAUGGCCACCUACAUAUGUGACACUGGCUACACUCUCAAUGGAGAGACUACCAGAACUUGCGGGAGCGAUGGAGUGUGGAGUGGGUCAACUCCAGUGUGUCAGCAGAAACUUUGUUCUGACCUCACUCUCACCAAUGGAAACAUUGUCUACAGUGCUGGAUCCCCUGGCAACAGACUUAUCUUCUCUACAGCUAUAUACAGCUGCAAUCCUGGCUACACUCUCACUGGAGGGAGUACCAGGGUGGUAUGUGUGAUUGGAGGGAUCUGGAGUGGGUCAACUCCAAAUUGUGAAGCCAUUAUGUGUCCUUCUCUACUGGCCAUUACUAAUGGCAUUAUCUCCUACUCUCCUGAUGUCACCUCUGACUAUGACCAGGGAACUGAGGCAACCUACACUUGUGAGGCUGGGUUCUAUCUUGAGGGUAAUGAGGUACGAGUAUGUAUGGACGAUGAUGGAAUGGACUCCAUUGGAGUGUGGAGUGGUAGCCAGGAGCCAAGCUGUGUCUCUAUUCAGUGUCCUCCUCUCAAUCUUGUUCCCAAUGGAUUCAUCACCUACGCUCCCGACAACACAUCUAUCAGUAGCCAUGAUCUGGGCACUGUGGCCACUUACUCCUGUAACACUGGAUUUGUUUUGGACUUCUCCCUGGGGGGAUCUGAGAUGAGAACUUGUAUGGAUGAUAUGGACAAUGAUGCAGAGGGAGUGUUUGAUAGAUAUGCUCCGAGAUGUAUCGCCAUUCAGUGUCUUCCCCUCGAUUCUGUUGUCAAUGGAGUCAUCAGUUAUGCUAUUGAUAUUGCUGCAAAAUAUGAUCUGGGCACUGUAGCCACUUAUGACUGUGACCCUGGGUUUGUUCUGGACCUCUCCCUAGGGGGAUCUGAGAUGAGACCUUGUGUGGAUGAUAAUGGAAUGGACACCAUUGGAGUAUGGAGUGGUCAAGAGCCAAGCUGUGUCCCAACACGAUGUGCCCCACUGAUGACUGCUCUUGAUAACGGAAUUGUGACUUACUCCAACCAAUUGCAAAAUGAAAAGUACAUCUUUGGCACAUUAGUCACAUACAUCUGCUCUCCUGGUUACGGUCUGAGCAGUACUCAGAAUCGAACAUGCAUCACUGAUGGUGGAAGGACUAUUGGAAUAUUCAAUGGAAGUGACCCCACUUGUGAUCGUAUAACCUGCUCUGCUCUCCCUGAUGUUAUGAAUGGGACCAUUAAUUACUCUAGUGGUGGUACUACUGCACCAUAUGACUAUGAAACAACAGCUACUUAUCAUUGCAAUCUUGGACAUGUGUUAACAACUAGAGACAGUGAGAAGACCUGUACUGGUGAUGGUAGGAGUCCUAGCGGUCAGUGGGAUGGUGCUGCUCCUCAAUGUCCACCUGUGGACUGUAGGACUCCUCCGUCUAUUACCAAUGGAUUUUCUGGGAUACCAACAACCACAACAUUCACAGGGACAAUGACUUACAGCUGUAAUGAUGGCUAUGCACUCUUUGGGAUUGCUACAAGUACUUGUCAGGCAAAUGCAACCUGGAGCAGAUCACCAAAAUGCAGAGGUAUCACUAUUGGUGGUAUCCAAUCUGGUGUGUCCAUCUAUAUUGGAGAUUCUGUUACCAUCACCUGCACCACUGACUCUCCUGCUGACUCAGUAAUGUUGCUGCAAGAUGACCAACCUCUUCAUGAAACUAAUAGUCAAACCACUUUGAUGCAUAAUAUCUCUGUGACUGACAGCAUCAAUGGGAACAUCUUCAAAUGUGAGGCCAACUUAACAGGAAGAACCUACUCUUCAGAUACUACCUUUGAUAUGGUUACCAUUUCCAUUAAAAUUCCUGAACAACCUAUCAAUGCUAGUAUCAGAACAUCUAGUCCUUCAACUCCACUAAUUGGACAAUUGUACAAUUGGACUUGCACUGUUUCUUUAUUUCCUGGACUAACUCGCACACCAACUGCCCAAUGGUUGAAGGUUACGAUGGGGGAGGAAAUUAAUAAUCUUAAUCGAUCCACUCUUAAUUUCUCUCCACUAAGAACCUCAGAUGCUGGCAGAUACCGUUGUCAGGGAAAUGUUAGUACUACUGUUCACUCUCAAUCCCUUUCAGACAGCAACGAUAUUGACAUAAUUGUUCAAAUACCAACACCAUCAGUGACAAUCAUGAGGUCUGUUUCUGAUUCAGCUCUGUUUGCUAAUCAAAGUGUGGUAACAUUCACAUGUCAAGUGUCUGUACAUAAAGACAUUGAUACUCCCGUCACUUUGAGCUUGACUUGGACUCGUGAGGUUUAUAAUGAUGAAAAUGAGACAACUACUGAGUUCAAAAGACCAGAGAGUGAUCUGCAAUGGAACAAUAAGCUCAGCUAGUAGGUUUAUUCAAGGAAAUAGCAGUAUAUAUGAAGACACGUUAUCUGUUGCUGGUGUGUUUCUGAUGUUCAACGACAUUGCGCUUAACGACAACACUACCUCUGUGCCAGCGAGGGAUGUACGUGUCAUACAGUGUCACUCUGACAAGACAGAUACAUUCAAUGAAAGACAACACGGAUGGAAUUUUCCUAAU